AUGCAUAUCAAAACCCCCCAAUCCGCCUUACUCUCUAACCAUGAAGUCCUCCUGCAUCUGCGGCAAGAAGACGCAGAAUACACAGGCGCCGAUGGGACGGAUCGGAAACGCAAGAAGCCGUCUGGUCUAAACCACAUGUUGCGAGAUGGGCUCGCCUAUCUGCAAACCCCAGAUUACACGACUUCAUCACUCGCUGACCAACAUCCCGACCGGCCCAUGACGCUGUACCGAGGACCAAACAGCCUAUUCCGCGCGCUGGCGCCCAAGUACCGGCUGAAUAAGGCAGAGUAUCUCCAGUUGUAUAACUUGAGGCCUACUACGCAAGUCAUGCUAGAGUUGGUCAUUGAGGAGGCGGGUACACGUUUCACUGAAGACGAACUACACGACAUUCUAGCCAUUACCCAACAGGUCUUCGAUGAGGAGGAAGGCAAUAUUCCCGCUGGAGUGGAGAACAUGGAGAUGCCGAAGAUUGCUAACAAGCUGCUGGGUGCUAACAAGAAGAGGAGAAAAGCUAAGAAGAAGGCUUGA